AUGAAGAGGAAGAACUUUAAUAUCGAGCCAUCUAAUCGAAGCAAAUCGAACAAGUCCACUAAAAUAGACGAUGACAUACGAAUGCGGCUAUGGAUAAAUGCCAGUCAGGAGCCUUCUAGCAACCUCUCAGCUACGCGAUACGUCCCACCUCUGAGAGCGCCAACUUUGAAAGAACUCUCGAUAUCCAUCGUAGUCGACAAGUUCAAACAACUCUAUGAAUCUUCUAGGGACACUUUCGUAGAAAGCUUCCGCCGAUUGCCUGAUUUUGAUAGGGAGAUGCUGGGUGAUGCUAUAAUGACGAAAUAUGCGGAUUUAAUGAGUAUUACUCUGAUAAGAGAGCUUUUUAUUCUCCCGCCAUCUAUCAAGCUCGACCAUAGUCUUCCUUCGUUAAGUCGACAGCACUACCCUAAGUUAUUGCGAGAGUUACCAGGCGGACUAACGACGUUGGAUCUCACUGGUUUCAGCGAGCUAUCAGACAAGUCUGGCCCACAAUUCGUGAGGAAAUCGCCUCAUCUUCGCACGCUCAAACUGAGAGGUUGUCUUAGCAUUGGAGAGGGUUCGAUAGAUGCGAUCAAGAUGCUAUCCGAAUUAGAGCACCUCGAUGUGUCAUUUACAGCGAUACCACUCGCGGGACUGUCGAAGGUGCUCAGUAAUUGUGUCAAAUUGAAGCGCUUAGACAUCAAUGCUACGGGAAAAGUAGGGUCUAAGAAUACUGCGCAAUGGGAUCAAAUGCUUGAUAGUGUGAUCAGCUCAUCCGUUAAUGCUAAUCUACAGCCACUAUCGCAACUGGAACAUCUCAAUGUCGCAGAAUGUAACAUUUCCGAUGCAGCCUUGGGGAGAUGGCUCACACUAGCACCUUCAUUGAAGGUGCUCAACUGUAGUAAUUGUGAAAGUCUAUCAAACCCAAUGCUGUUUCUACCUCCAAACCUCUACAACCAGCUCGUCAAGAUCGAUAUCUCCUUCAUGAGCUUGGACUUGUUCAGCUUCAAUGCAUUCUACCAGGAAAUACUCAAGAGCAGUAGCAUCAAGGUGUUGUGGAUGUCAGGCAUGAUGCGGAAAGCAAGCGCGUCGGAUAAUGAGUUCUUAUUGGUUGAUGGGCGUCUUACGCCGACAGAAAACACUCUGGAAGGUUUUGCACUAGAAGAGCUCGAAUGGAGCAAUAACCCGCGGUUGAAAGGAAGUCAGUGUUUAUCAUACCAUAUUACGAGCAAAUUGAAGUAUUUGAAUCUAUCGGGGUCGACAUUCGAUGGUGCAGCAUUCAACGAUGCCAUCAUGGCGAAUGACCCUCGCUGUUUGGAAAAUUUGCAGCUUAAUGAGUGCAAUAUAGACGCAAAUGUUGUGGCUGGUAUAACCAAACUAAAAGGACUGAAAACACUCGGAUUAAUGAAAACCAAGAUUGAUGAGGAGUCCUUGAAUGAGAUCAUCAAGUGUUCACCCCUACUUAGUUCUCUUAAUAUCACGCAAUGCAGAGCGAUCCCCGUGGUAAACCGCCGUAGAUAUUUCGAGUAUUAUGACGAACGAGAAUAA